GUGUGACUGCGGCACGGCGGCGGAACGGACCCGGGGCGGCUCGGAGCGCCCCGCGCUGCACCGCGCAUGAUGGAGAGCACGGGAGGGCCGUACCUCAACACGGCCGCCGUGACCUCCCCGGUGGGAAUAGCCCGGCUGCUGCAGAUGACCUUCGGCUGCGCCACCUUCAGCCUGGUCGCCCACCAAGGGGGGUUCAGUGCCGCCUACGGCACCUUCUGCAUGUUCGUCUGGACCUUCUGCUUCGCCGUCACCGUGUUCAUCAUCGCCUGCGAGUUCACGCGCCUGCACGGCUGCCUGAGCCUCUCCUGGGGGAACUUCACGGCGGCUUUUGCCAUGCUGGCCACGCUCAUGUCGGUCACGGCGGCGGUGAUCUACCCGCUCUACUUCGUGCAGGCGGGCUGCUACCCCAUCGGCUGCCAGGUCAGGGAUUUCCGCAUCGCCGCCAGCGUCUUCGCGGGCCUGCUGUUCCUCGCCUACGCCGCCGAGGUGUUCCUGACCAGGGCCAAGCCGGGACAGGUCACCAGCUACAUGGCCACCGUCUCUGGCCUCCUGAAAAUCGUCCAGGCCUUCGUGGCCUGCAUCAUCUUUGGGGCGCUGGUGAACGACAGCCAGUACGGUAAAUACGUGGCGACGCAGUGGUGUGUGGCUGUCUACAGCUUUUGCUUUGUGGUGACGGUGGUGGUGGUGGCCUUCAGUGUCACAGGUAAGACUGCCUUGCUGUGGUUCCCCUUUGAGCGUUCUGUGGUCAUCUACACCUUUGGGGCGGUGCUGCUCUACGCGAGUGCUGCGGUCAUCUGGCCAGUGUUCUGCUUUGACAGCAAGUACGGCUCCCCACGACGGCCCGGCCUCUGUGCCAAGGGCAAGUGCCCCUGGGACAGCCAGCUGGUGAUUGCCAUCUUCACCUAUGUCAACCUGCUGCUCUAUGUGCUGGACCUGGCCUACUCCCAGCGCAUCCGCUUCGUCUCACACAUCUGAGCCGUGGCUCGGCCUCCGUGGAGGCAUCUCAGAGCGCCAAGCCCUGCAGGUGCAGAGGGACGGGGCAGAGCGGGGCUGGCAAGCAGGCACACACCACCAUCAGCCAAACAUCUGUGAGGACCGACUACGCUAAGGAAUUAAUGGCCUGGAGCAGGUGGGCUGCAGCGGGCACCACACAGCCCAACUCCCCGUGGUUCUGCCUCACCUGCCCAGGCCAGCACGGAGGAAUGGCACAGCUCCACGGGCAUCUGCAGACAGCAGGAGUGCUUGUGGCCACAGCAGUGGGGCUGGAGGCUAUCAGGUUACUGAGCCAAACAUUAGGAAACACAUCCAGGAUUUUGAAACUGUUAACCAGCGCCUAGCAGUAACCAAGUGACUGCUUGGGAAGUGGAAAAGUUGAAAGCUGCAUGAAGGAGCACCAGUUCAGUAGAUGAAAAUCAAUCCCUCAGAGUUUGGGUUAGUUUGGACUGUGUUGGGAGAUGUGGAAUGCCUGCAAGUGUGGGCAGUUCCAGUCUGGGUGUUUCUGAGAAGAGCAUCAUAGCCGUAACAGUAUUUUGAAGGCUGCCAGUCAUUUCCUUUCCUCUCCUUUGCUGUCUAGCACAGAAAAGGAAUAUCGUCAAGUGCACACCUUGGAGGAGGCCUAUUUAAUGUAAUACUCCUAUUUAGCAAUCACUGAGUCACUACAGAAAUGAAAAUUUGGAAAGCUGGGGCUGUACUCUGAGGAUCAGGGUGCAGAGCAGAGCCAUCCUGCAGAGUGACCGAGUGUGACCUGCCAUCCUCAUCCUCGCUUGAGCAGCGCAAAAAAUACCUUGGCACGUGCUCUUGUCUUGAUCCAUGGGGCACCAUUUCUUUACACUGGGGUCAAGGGGUUUUUCUGGGGCAUGGCAAAGGGGAGGCAGAGAGUGAUUGAUCUCACAGUGCUGCACAAGGGACCCAGCGGGCGGGGAGGGGGCACGGGCAGGACGGGACAGGGCAGAACUUGUGCCCGGUGCAGCUCGGGAUUCCUGAGCACCCUGCAUCACUGGGGAGCCUGAUUUCCCAGACCCACCCCUGGAAACACCCUCUUUAAAGCCCCACACGUCUCAGCUCAGAUUCCAGGCCCCACAGGAAUCCUCAUUUGUCGCAGGGAGAAGCCAGCGUGUCCAAGUGCUUGUGUAGCACGUGCAGACUUGAGUGCUUUGAUUAAAAUCUCCAGUAGCUGCCUGUCAGAAGCAAGAUUUAUUUUUUAACCAAAACAAAAUAAAGCUGAAUGGUAGAUGUAUGCUUACAUCUCCUGAGAUCUGUGUGCUGUCAUCCUGCUCUCCACACUCAUUGCAGCAGACACUUUCUGCAUGAAGGCAGGGCUCACUUUAUUCUGGUGUACAAAGCCUGAACACAGAACCAAAAAACAACAGACACAACACAGCAAGACCUCUGAGGGGGUUCUCUGCAGCAGAAUGACUUAGGAAUAAGGAAGCAAACUUACUUUUCAUCAGUGCUUUGUGUGGGGUUUGAAAAGCAAAGGGAAAACUUGUUGGGACAGACGAUGUUGAAUAAUUCUGAGCAAGGACCAGCCCUUAGCAGUGGGGAGCAUCAGCCAGGACAUGGGGCAAGAAUUGGGAUCCAGCACAGAGGAACAGCCUGCCAAGGGGGUUUUCUCUUCUGUGAGUCCCAGGGAAGGGCAGGAAAUCUGGAA